GCAAUUGGCUGUGUGGCGUAGCGGGAGGGAUAAUGUUCAGGAAGUGAAAGGGGUUUGUUUCUGUUUCCAAUUUACAGGGCAGCAGUUUGUGCUGGAACCCAGCGAGGAAAGCGUAGUUCAAAUUACUUAUCGGUGUGUUCUUAGUUAAGAAUCCCAAGGGACGACGUGCGGCUUUUCUUCAUCUCGGCGGUUACUGAACAUUUCAGCCCGUGAGUCAUACUGAAGAACUUCUCAUUAGCUGAGUUUAGCAGUUUUGUUUUUCAGAAACUGCUUCAGCCUCGUGUGAGUGCGUCAUUAACUCCCUUGGAGGUUUUCCAGAGCUCUUGAUUUUUAUGGCACCUCCACGAAAACCGGUGCUACCCAAACCUCUUCCAGGAGGCUUCAUACUAAUAGACACUGAUAAGAAGAAAUGGAGGCUGGGGAAAAUCAUCGGGCAAGGUGGCUUUGGACUGAUCUAUCUUGCCUCCAAGGACAUUGACAGACCUGUUGGAACAGACACUGAUUUUGUCAUCAAAGUGGAGUACCAGGAGAAUGGCUCCCUGUUCUCGGAGCUCAAGUUCUACCAGAGGGCAGCCAAACCCGAGAGCAUGCAAAAAUGGAAGAGAAGCAAGAAGCUGGACUUCCUGGGCAUCCCGACGUACUGGGGGUCAGGAAUUGCAGAGUAUAAUAACCUCAGGUAUCGUUUCAUGGUCAUGGAUCGACUGGGAAGUGACCUUCAGAAAGCUUGUGAGUCCAGUGGAGGCCAACUGAAGAAGACCACUGUUCUCCAGCUUGGACAGAGACUGGUGGAUAUACUGGAGUACAUACAUGAGAAUGAGUACGUCCAUGCUGACAUUAAAGCUGCCAACCUCAUGCUGGGUUACAGGGACCCUGAACAGGUCUACCUUGCAGACUAUGGGCUGUCCUACAGAUACUGCCCUGAUGGAGUCCACAAAGAAUACAAGGAAAACCCCAAGAAGGGCCAUAAUGGAACCAUCGAAUACACCAGCAUCGAUGCCCACAAAGGACUCGCGGCAUCUAGACGUGGUGACCUCCAAAUUUUGGGUUUCUGUCUCCUUCACUGGUUAUGUGGGUCUCUGCCUUGGGACGACGUCCUCAAAAAUCCAACUCAGGUCCAGGAGGCAAAGACCAGACUGAUGGAUAAUCUGCCACAUUCAGUCCAGCAGCUGUCAGUGAGCGGAGCCAGCACAGAUGAGGUGGCCAAAUUCCUCCUUUAUGUGAACAAACUGGACUACCAAGAGAAGCCCGAUUACCAGUAUCUUAAAAACCUGUGGGGCAGUGCUGUCAGGGGAGGACUUGAUUUGUCCAAGCCACAGGGAGCUGCAGGGGAAUCGCCCACCAAAGAUCCUCGAGCCAAGGAAAAGCAGAAAGCAGAAGGAGCGAGCGGAGUCUCUAGAGCCAAAGCUGCACCUCUACAGGACCAUGAUGAAGUCCAUGAAGGCGCAAAGUCCAAAGCAGUGCCAGCUGGCUACAUCAGAGGACCACCCAUCAAUAAACCUCUGUCAGAACAGAAGGAAGAAGUUCUCCCUGCUGUCAGAAGGUCCCCGAGGCAAAGGCCUGUGUGCAGUUAUGAAGACAUUGACAGUGAGGAAGAGGAAGAAAGGCCCAAACCCAUUGCUGCACGUGAUCUCAGAAGUCCUCCAGUAAAGCCCAGAGCUCAACCCAAACAGAAACGUAACCCCACAAGGACAAGCAGCAAAACAGAUGACGUGCCCCUGAUCUCAGCGAGAAUGGAGCGCCGAGUCUUCCCACAAAGGAGAAAAGAAGAGCGAGCAAACCGUGACAUGGACAGGCAAACACACACACACCAGAGAGCGGUGUACAGCCAUCCAAAGUACUGGGAUAGCCAGCUCUACUACAGAGAUGCUUUGGGUAAAUGGGAAGAGUCUGUUCCCAAAAACUCAAGUCCUGAAGCCGGUCCCCAAUGGAGUGAAUGGCUGACGUCCUGGUUCCUCUUUCUGGGCGCCUUUCUUUUACUGCUUGCUGUUGUCAGAGUUUGCCAAAGUACAUUGAAGCCCCUUUGAGGAGCUAAUGGAUCUACGAGUUUUAACAGCUCCUUUCAAAGCUCCUUCCCAAAGUGGAGAUGGAGCAGCCGGGAACACAAAGCCUCUCAUCAGGACUUCUGGGCUGCCAUUUUCACAGUGAUGGGCUGAAAUAGAAGGACAAGCCUCAGUUUAUUCUGCCUAUUAGAUGUUCUGUAAAGGUAAACAUGCGAUGAAAGAUUUCUUUAUGAUAAAAAGAUGAAGGGGGCUCUCGUUUCUGACUGCAACUCACACGCUCGAAUAAAACAGUCUUUGACUUUGAAUCGGUGGCGAGCUGCAUUCACAGACACGCAGUAUCACACGCUUACUCCUUUAUCAGACGAGGAGUAGCUUCAGUCAAAGUGUAUGAAUGCAGCACAUUGUUGAAAGCGCAGUGGCAGAAGAAAAGGCUACAGGAUGUAUAGAGGCAUGCUAAUUAAUAAGCUGAAUGUCUAUUGAGGGCUUUCUGAAGGCAGCUGUCAGUCACACUGUGAGGCACGCACAUACCUUACUGCAGUAAGGACACUCUCCAAAAACAAUGUUGAAGCUCUGCCUGCUGGAGUGCAGCGCUCGCAGCCACUGAAGGCAAAAGAGAAAAGAUCAAAUCACUACCUUGAAUCUGAUGUGUGGCUCAUAACAGCACUUUCAAUAUACACUCUGUACAGCUAUGUUUAAGAUUAUCCAGCACCCUUGAAGCAUUGAAGGGCUCUUUUUUUUUUAAAGUCGAUUAGAGUCCUGCGAUUUGUUUCUGAGCUUCAACGAUAUCUGGCCGUGCAGCAUGUCACCGAGGACAGAGUCCAAACAGAGUCAUCUGUGCUCAUUUCCUGUGUGUCGCAAGGCUGCACUAGUCCAGUUCUACCUUUGAUCAUAUCUGACUGUCACUCACCUUGAGCAGCCCACCUGUUGAAACACUAAAACACUGAUGGCUAAUGAACACAAAUUGUUUGUGCCUGAUUAAAUUAAAUGCUGUUUAGAAACACUGUUUACAAUAUGUAUGUCCUCAAAGGGGAAUCUGUAUUCAUGUGCAUGUUUACUGUACCUGCAGCUCACUGAAGGCAACAGGAUAAGGCUUUGUAUUAUGACUGAGUGAAAAUGGCAACUGUAAUGCGCAAAACUUUGUUCAUUUAAGCAAAUAAAUGAAAUAGAUGUUUAUAACCGUGUCCACUACUCAGGAGGAACCCUUACAGUGUUUGAGGAGGGAGCACUUUAAAAUCAAGUCAAUAAAUGGAGAAUUGUGUCCCAGAGGCAUGCUGGUGGUCCUGAGGGACUUGAGAAGAAGUGGGAUUUUUUUAAUUAUUAUAACCAGAUCAGUUUUUUGGUCAUGUUGUAGCUUUGAAGUAGUCCGGGGUAAAUCUUAAACUUUCUGAGAUUAUAAUAUGGGUGAUGUGACAGUCUAGUUGUUGGGCACAUGUCAUAUGAACCCAUACAUCCUAAGCAGUGAGUUCAUGCUCAGUUUUUUACCCACAUACAGCCUCACAUGCUUUUUCAAAAAGUCAUAAUUAUACAGUGUGGUGGUUUCCACGCUCAUCUAACAAACAAACAAAUCCUUUUGCAUCAGGAAGACCAUCAGGUCCAACCUACUUGCUGUGGUGAGCCUUUGUGAAUAGGUAAACAACCCAAAGUAGCUUCCAUGAAUAUAUCCAUUGCUCAAAGAAAGAAAGAAAAAAAAAAAAGACUUGAUAAUUUUGGUUUCCACUGACCGCUGUUGUCAUUUUAUUCUUGAGAAAUCACAUACUGUAUGACAGCAAAGAUUAUUCAACUUGAAUAUUUCUAUAUCAAGAUAUGUCAGCUAUAUAUAAAAAACAUUUCCGUAAUAAGUCAUAUCACUGUGGCUUGACAUCUGGGCUGUUGUCAUGUCAGACAUCUUUAUUAGAGAUGGCACGAUACCACUUUAUGUCCGAUACCAAUAUGAAUCCGAUAUAGUGUUUUUUUAAUCAAUAAAACAGUUUUUU